CCACUUUACUGUCUUUUGCGCGCCUAAAAUUCCCCGUGUCGGCUUUCUUCUUCUUCUUCUUCUUCUUCUUCUUCACUUUUGGAUCUACAUUGAAAUCGCCUCUAGAGAAAUCAAACCCGGCGAAUUGGACUAUCGUUGUCGGAGUUUGUCAGUGGAUGAAUUGCCAUGGCUAAAUCUAACCAAAACUUUUCUCCGUAUGAAGAGACCCAGCCGAUUGAUUCUAAUCCACCUUCUUCUUCUGAUUCUGGCGAGGAUAAAGAUAGCUUGCUUGGGGAUUGUGACACACAACCUGUUGAUGACAAUGCUUUGAUUAAUGAUCAGUAUAUGGAGACUCAGGUCAUGGAUACUGAAUGUGAUAAUGAAGAAUUUCUUCUUUGUAAUGAAACUCAAGCAGUUGAUUUGGGAUUUGAAACCGGAGAAGAAGUACUUGUAGAGGGGAAACAGUUACUUGAAGCUUCUGAUGGUUUGGCUACUCAGGUUUUGGAUCUUUGUGAUGAUGAAGUUGUUGUGGAUAGUGAUGAUGAUGUUACUGAUGUGUUGGAGGGCAACAGUGAUCUCUCUGAUAGUGAUGACUCGGGUAGUAAAGCGGAAACUGUGUUAUCUAGUGAAGAGAAUAGACAGGAUGCUAAUGAAAAGGUUAAAUCAGCAGUUGUCUUUGAUGCUUGGUCGAACGAACAUGGAGUUUCUGGAAAAAAGGUGGCUAGGUUCGCUUCAGUUCGUUCAGCAGCUUUUCGUGCUUCUGCUGUGGCAGCUCGUGUUGCAAACCAAAAAUCUGCCAACACUGACUGUUCUACACUAAUCAACUGUCAUUCUUCUGGGAAAGGAACCACACAUAAUUCUGGUCUAGAAAAUAGUGUUGGGGAAGUAGGGAAUCAGCAAUCUCUUACCAGUUUAUUUGUUGAAGAGAAAAAGGACUUAAGAACAGGAAAAAAAACAGCGAGGAAGCUUUUCGUAGAGGAUUUCCCUGAAGAAAAAUUUCAUUCUACUGAUUGCAAUGUCGAUCUGGGGAAUUUGAGUUAUAUUGGCUCUCAAGAACCUGGUGAGGAAUCCCAGGCCAGUGCUCUUAACUUGGUUGAUAAGCUCAUUAGUGAGUGCCGUCUAGAGUUUGAUUUUGAAGUUCAAGCUGACUAUGGAAGGAAAACAGAAGAUAAAUCAAAAUUUGUUCAGAUUUUUAAAGGUCCACAAGAAUUAGCAAAGAAGGUAAGUUACAAAAGUGGAGCUGUUGGAAACAAUAUUUUCGACUGGGAUGAUAAUCGUGAGGAUGAAGGAGGGGGUGAUAUCUAUCGUAGAAGAAAAGAUGAAUUCUUUGGCGUUGCAAGUAAAAGACGGGAAUUUUCUAGCUUGCCUAGAGAACAGAAAAGAGAACUGAUACCAGUUGCAGUGGAUAAAAGAUGGGCUCGUUCUGAUUCCAAACUGUUGAAGCAUAGUGUGACUAGGAGCCGAAAGAAUAUCCAGGGUGCUAAAAAGAAUCUUGGCAAAGAGUUAGAUGAAGUUCGUGAAGCGGCAGUUUUAGGGAAUGAUACACAAGUGGCUGCUGAAGCGAUUGAUGAUCUGUGCUCUGGAGACCGUGGCAAAUUUGAUGGUGAGGCGAGUUGUCUUACAGGAAAGAAACUGUCACCAGAAGAAGAGAGAGGAUUUUCUCCCGGUGGAGUCGUUACUAGACAAUCCAAGGGAACUAAGAGGAUUCAGGCUAUGAGUAAAGAUGAAUUGUUGAAAAAAAGAAUGAAGAAGGCUAGUCCUAGUCCUGCUAAAGCUUGCCGGACGAAUAUCGAAGGAUCUUCAAAUGGUGACCAGCUUAAUAAAGAAGGUCCAUGCUGCUGGAAGAGUAGGAAGGUCCAGACUGCUUCACGAGAAACUAAAAAGAAUCUUGUUGACGAGUUUGAUGAAGUUUCUCAGGAAAGUAAUACAGAAAUGUUUGAUAGGCAUGAAGAAGCAGAAGCAGGCCCUGAUACACAAAUGGCUGCUGAAGUGAUGAAUGCUCUGCACUCUGGGGACGGCAGGGAAAUUGAUCCUGAGCCAAAUAAUCUAAUAGGUAAGAAAUUGUUAUUGGAAGGAGGCAUUUCUAGGUGUGGAGUCGUUACCAGAAAGUCCAAGAGGAUCAAGGGGAUUCAGGCUGUGGACAAUGAUGUUGAAUCAUUGAAACCAAAAAACAAGAAGGCUAGAUCAAUUCUUGCUAAGUCUUUUGAGAAGAAUAUGGAUAGGUAUUCAAAAAAUGACAAAGUUGAUACGCCAGAUGAAGCUGUUGCGUCAACCACAGAAAAGAGGCAAGGAGAAUUAUCAAACAAACAUUGUAUGUCUAAGUUACUUAAGCAAUCACAUAGAGGUGAAGCUGAGGUGUUGAAUUAUCCCAAGCGGAGAAGAUCAGCUCGUAUUUCACAAGAUCAGGUUAAUGAGGCUGGGAGGAGUUCAGAUCCCGCGUUUGAUACUCCAGCUAAGUCUAAGACGCCGUCAACAAAUGUAUCGCCUAUAUGCAUGGGUGACGAGUAUCAUAGACUUUCUUGCAAAGAUUCAUUUACAUCACACACUACAAGGGAAUUUCGUAGCUUAACCGUACCAGUAGCGGAACCUAUCUCCGAGACAAAGAGUACUAGAAAGAGAAGAGAUUUGGGUAGUAUAUGUGUCUUGUUCAGCCAGCAUCUUGAUGAAGAUGUGACCAAGCAUCAGAAGAAGAUUUUGGCAAGGUUUGAUAUCUCGGAAGCUUCCUCCAUGAAGGAGGCAACACACUUCAUAGCUGAUAACUUUACGCGCACAAGGAACAUGCUAGAGGCAAUCGCUUCAGGCAAGCCAGUGGUCACAACACAAUGGCUUGAAAGCAUCGAUCAAGUAAACAUAUACGUUGAUGAGGAUAUGUAUAUACUCAGAGAUUCAAAGAAGGAGAAGGAGUUCUGUUUCAACAUGGGGGUUUCUUUGGCUCGUGCACGCCAGUUUCCGCUACUACAGGGAAGAAGAGUUUUUAUCACUCCAAAUACAAAGCCUGCUUUAAACACAAUCACUACUUUGGUUAAAGCAGUUCAUGGACUGCCUGUAGAAAGACUCGGAAGAUCUUCCCUAAGCGAAGAUAAGGUCCCAGAGAAUCUUCUGGUCUUAUCAUGUGAAGAGGAUCGCGCUAUCUGUAUACCCUUUCUGGAAAGAGGGGCCGAGGUAUAUAGCUCGGAGUUACUACUAAAUGGGAUAGUUACCCAAAGGCUUGAGUAUGAGAGGUACCGUCUCUUCACAGACCAUGUGAGAAGAACGCGGUCAACGAUAUGGAUCAAAGACGGGAAAGGUAAGUUCCAACGUCGUAGCGGGUAAAAGAGUAAAUGUGAUCAAACUCCUAUAUGAUAGUUCAGUUUUAGAUUAGUUUAGAAAGUGGCUGUAUAUGUAACAUGUUUGGCUUAACUCGUGUAACUAUAAUCUGUUGGGUUUUGAGUCAUUAUGAACAAAUUGAAAAGAGGAACAACGAUAGAGAUUCUUUAACCUUUCUAUUUCAUCAUUGAAUGGUAGCUAAAUUAUUUAAAAAAUCG